AUGGGAGCCAACGGUAAGUAUCAGUGUUUCACCCCUUUGCGAAUGCAUCUCGCAUACAAUGGGGAUAGUUGUAUAAAGUACAUACCUCCGCCACAUCCACCGCCGCCGAGCAGGCCGCCAAAUAAACCGCCAAAAAGUCCUCCGCCGCCACCACAACAGCAGCAACAGCCGCAACAUCUGUUACCCCCGCCACCAAGAAGCCCCCAAAAGAUCGAUUGUGAUGGAGGUAUGCUCAUCAAAAGUAUCAAGACCAGAAUAGUGAUGGCGAUUUUCAUCUGA